AUGGGUGUCCAGGCUAGCUCGAAGCCCAGCCACAGCCUUCGCGUAAUGCAGUUCUGCCAGUCGCUGGAAACUGGUUUGAAGGUGACGCCCCUCUACCAGGAUCUCGGCGCCACAGCAUGCGAGAAGGGCAUGCAUAAAGAACGGAACGCGCAAAGCCAUAGUCAAGGAUUCAUUGCUAAAGAGAUCGAUAAAGGCUCUCUGGGCAGUGGGUCGAAUCAGCUGCGGCAGGAACACGGAUCGCAAGAAAUCGAAGAGUGGGAUACUAUCCGGUGUGAUAGCAUUAGAGUAUAUCGAAGAUACGGGAGGUGCAACAGUUGGAAUGAAGGCCUGGGCGUCCUCCAACCUUGCAUUCGCGCGAUCCGGUGUCGAAGUAGCCACCACCUUUGA